AUGAUAGAGCGCUGCGGUAGUUCUUUCUGUACAGCCUAUAUCGCCUUAUCCGUCCUCUUCGACGUCUAUCUUGUGCGAUUUUUUUUGGACGCGGUAAAGGUUGCCUUGGGUCUACCCAAAUCAGCGGGGGAAAAGCUCUUCUCCGCAAGACUCUACAAAGCCCUUCAGAGCACGAAGAAGAGAUCUAUUCCCCUCUUCGUCCGGGUGAUUUCUUCGAGUUGUGACGGUACCAUUUGGUUCUUCUUCCCUUUGCUUGUGGGGCUCGUCGCAAACAGUCCUUUUGCAUGGCCUCUGCUGCUGCACUGUUUCCUAGUGCCAGCGCUAGCCGAGCUUGUGGUGAAGAGCAUCUUCAGACGACCGCGCCCCAGUCACAAUACCCGUCACGUGUUUCUGGCCCCUGGGGAACGCUUUUCCUUUCCUUCUGGCCACUCGACGAGAGCAGCCGCCAUCGCAUGUUUCUGGACAAGAUGGUUAUGUUGCGCUUUGAGUCCUCGAAAUGUGUGUUUAGCGCUUUGCGUGCACUUCUGGGCAAUCAGCAUCUCGCUCUCGAGAGUGACUCUCGGACGCCAUUAUCCCAGCGACGUCAUCGCAGGGCACUUGGUCGGGACUCUUGCAACGAUCAUUUCGCAAGAGGUGCUUCUCUUGGAUGCGCGAUUGCCGCCCCCAUGGCAACUCCUGCACAGUAACCUGUUGUCCAGGCGUUUUGCAAAUUGA